CUAGUAUUAAAAUGGGGUUAAAAUAUUUUUAGAGCCCAUACAUACAAAAAUUUAUUUAUUUUUAUUAUUACAAUAUUAUAUGGAAAUAUGUUUUAUGUAUAAAAAUAAUAUAAUAGUAAUUAUGCAAAAUUACCUACUGAUACACAUUUAAUGAUGAUCCUAAUUCUACAUAUCAUGUAGAUAUUAAAUUGAAAAAUGACAUUUGAAAAUAAAAAUGUAAGUAAUAGUUUUGUUGGAAACUCUGAUGACCAAUUUAUACUUCAUGAAUUAUCUAAUAUGGAACAUGAAUGUAAUACAAAUGAAAAGCUGUUUGAAAGACAAGAACAUGAGUCUAUUAAUAAUGAAAUAACAUCUUUGAAAUCUAAUGAAGUAGAAAAUUUUAAAUUAGACGAAGAAAAUAUUAAUAAAGUAAAAUUAAUAUUAGAAGGAUGGAAUUUAGGACACCUGCUAAAUGCUUUAAUAAGUGAAUGUAUUGAUGUAGAUGCAUUAAGCCACAUGAAAUCCAAGCACAUUGAUAAACUUCUCUCAAAUUAUUCAUUAGGGACACAAAUAAAAUUAGAAAAUCAUUUAAUUACUCGGCAAAACACAUUAAAUGUGACCAAGAAUAAGCACAAUGUUUCAAAACAAUUGAUUACUACAGCUAAUAAAAAUGACCUAAUCAAAUUUGUAGAUAUUCAUUCUAUUUUAACAAAAUCUACAGAGGGAUUAUUAGUGCUAGACUAUUAUAAAGAACAUAAUGAACUAAAUGAUUCAAUAAGAGGAAAACUAGUAGACAUAAUUAUCCACUAUUUAUUCUCAAAUGACUUUACCAUGUCAGUGAAGCUUGCUGAGAGUAUUGCUGAUCAAAUUAACUUUUUAUUUCCUUCAGAGAUUAAAGAUAUAUAUUUUAUGCGAAGUUUUAAAAAUAGCACUCCUAGGGGUAAAUUAUACACAAAAUUUUACAAUAAUAUGCGAUCGCUGAAGACAAGCGGAUUAAUCGAAAAAAAUAAUAAAAAUAUUAAUCUAAAUAAUUUUUCAACAGAUAACUUUAUUAUAGAACCAGAAGAAGAGGACAUCAGAGAUAUUAUCGACAUAAUAAAAUAUGAUCAUUUAAAUAUUCCAUUUACGAAGUUACAAGAGUAUUGGGGUGCUACUGUCAAUUUUAGACUUAAAAAGAUUAGAGAGGCUAAAGAAACAAACGAAAUAAUAAAUGAAUGGGCUAGUUAUAGAUUACCCCUUGGAUAUAAACUCGUGGAUAUUGACUUUAAACAACUUAUCAAAUAUAAUAGUAUGAUGGUCGAUUCAUUUGAUGAUUCUUACCAAGAUAUUAUGAAUAUUAUAGAAAAACACAAUAAAGACCGAGAUAGCAAAAUACUUGUAGAACAGCUUUCUCAAAGAUCAGACAUUUGUCAAAGUGGAAAAAAUACAGCAUUCUUCUAUCUAUUAAGCUCGCUUUUCGUGCCAACGUCGAGAAAAGUGACGAGAGAUGAAAAUGGAAAAAAAAAUAUCAUUAAAUAUUCUAUAAAGGACUCUCAAAAUUCAUUAAUUAGUUUCCACGAGACAGUUGACCAAGCUGAAGCUUAUAUCGCAUUACUACAAAGUAGAAAUCAGCCAAUACAACCAUUCAUUUUAAUUAUUGGCACGAUUUUAAAACCACGAGAUAUAUUAUUAUAUUUUGAUGCCAUCAAGUAUAAAAUUUUUUCAAUAAUAAGAGCAGUGGAUGUCUGCUUUAAGAUAUUCCAUGUUUUUAAUUUAGAAUACCCACUUCCAUCAUGCGCUGUCUGGACAUUUAUUCAACAAUAUUACUACAAAUUAUUUUUAAAGAACGACUACUCCCAUCAAACAGUAAAACAAGUGCUACAUGAUCUCAACAAAAUAGUAAAAUAAUAUUAUUAUAUUAAUAUUAUAUUGAAAAAUCCUUUUAUUUUUUCACUUUAUAUUUUUCUUCUUUUCAUUUGUAUUAAUUAUUUGUAAAUUAUUAAUUUUUAUUUGAUUAUUUAAAAUUAAUUUUACAUCCAAUGUAUAAAGUUUAUACUAUAAAC